AUGGAACAGGCACUGCUCCAGGGGACUGCGGCGGUUGCAGAGGCAGCGAAGCAAGGCAGACUCGAAGAGGCGCUGCGGCGCUUGGCUUUGUUACGGGACCGCGGUCUGCGGCUGGAUGCAGCAGUGCACCAUGCAGCUCUGGGUGGAGCCAAACGUCGAUGGCGAGAGGCAUUGCAGAUGGCCAUCCAGAUGCAGCAGGAUGGCAUUUCCUUCACUUCGGUGACUUUCACGUGCGCACAAAUUGCCGGCACAAGAAGAACCAAGUAUGUGAAAUUCAACAUAUCGUUGCAAAGAAUUGUGUUGUGCAUUUGUCUUACAUCUUUCAUCAUCUUUCCAAAGUGCCACACCAGGGACACGGGACUUGCUUGAUUCUGCAGAAGGA